GUCAUGGAGGAGCCAAAGAGGAAGCAUGGGAAGUUGGGAGCGGGUGGUGCCGAGCAGAAGAGGGCACAGAAUAGGGAGAUUGAGAAAUGGAUGAGGUUCCAUGAGCCGGUUACGAUGCCUGUGAGCCAAGUGAAGGGGGAUAAAGAUAGAAUGAAGGCUGAAGCUAAGAGUAGAGUUCCCAAUAGUUUGGGGCAGGGUGAGAAGGAUAAAAAAGGGAGCCUUGUGAGUCCUCAGAGUGGUGGUGAUGUUAAGGAAGAGGAGAGAAGUUUGGGGGGAAGUACAGAUAAGGGUCCCCGAUUACCUCAAUCAACUCAAGAUGCGUUGGUCUCUAGGACAAACCCCAGAUCCAUAUUGACAGGAUUGCCAAGCACAACUAGCCAUUCCUGAGGUGCAUUUGUGGGUACAUCAUUUGUUUUAUAUAUGUUCUUUUCUCUCGAGUGGUGGAUGCCUGCAGUUGUUUGGAAAUUGUUGAUAUGUACAACCUAGUGAACUAUAAGUGUCCUCUCUUGUUUCUGCUGUAUCUUUGCCUGAAACGAAGCCGUGUAUCUUUCUGCUUUCUAUCUAAGAAAUAUGUCUUUGGUUUGCUGGUUUCUGAGA